GUGAAAUUAAAUUGGAAAAUGCUCUCUUUGGGGCCAAAGAAGGACGGCGGUCCAAAUGCGAAAUUCUUCGAGUCUCCAGAUAUACUGGGCCAAUUGGACGGAGUCAAACAGUGGCUUCUAAAAAAUUGUAAAAAGUAUGUUCAAACCGAUCCACCCACGAAUAAAAGUCUCGCAUCUUUGGUCGUCCAAUUGUUACAAUUCCAGGAAGAUAACCUCGGAAAAAAUGUGUCAAAACCGCCGAUGACAAGACUUCCUAUGAAGUGUUUCCUAGAUUUCAAGCCUGGCGGUGGUCUUUGUCAAAUAUUAGCUACCGCGUUCAGAUUUAAACAGGAACAAGGAUGGCGACGUUUCGAUUUUCAAGUCGGCAAGUCCGGAUCUCGCAUGGAUCGUGCGAUAGAGAUGUUAGUGGCAGCGGAACGGGCACUGGUACAAAAUCGAUGCAUGACAGUACCCUGUGUGUACGUUAGACCAGAUGUAGACAAAAAUACAGCGUCCAAAGUCAAGGAAGUUGUUAAGCGUCAUCAGGGAACAAUUGCCGAAGCUGAGGCUGACGCAACGCACAUUGUUUAUCCACCAGCUGAUCCCCUUGAGGAGGAAUACGCUCGUCCUUACUUGAGGCGCGAACGCUCUGUUCUAUUGCACUGGUACUACUUUCCCGACAGUUACGAUUCAUGGACAACAUUAGAUCUGCCUUGGGAUUUUCCUGAAGGUCCUCUCGGGAUAGGAAGUACAAGUGGAAGUGAUGAAAUUAUUGAUUACAGACCUCAGUAUCGUGUGUCGGCUACUUGGGCUCUAGAUCUUGACCAGUACAAUGAGUGGAUGAACGAAGAAGACUACGAUGUCGAUGAUAAUGGACAGAAGAGAGUUCACAAGUACCGGCUUUCUGUCGAAGACUUGAUGGCUCAACCGUCUCAUCCGCCACCUUCGUCUGCAAAAAAACAGAAACGAAAACGCUCCCCCAGUCCACCUCCAAAAAUUGGAAAGCGUAAAAGUGGUCGCGGACCGGCAGGACUCCAAGGUUCGUCUACUUCUUUGGCUACUCCAAAAAAGUCUCGAGGUGGCGUCGACGAAGAAGAAGAUCUGACACAGGGGAUGGAAGAUCCUCCAGCUGAACCAAGGAUAAUAGAAGUGGUAGCAAGCCCAGCCAAUCCACCUUCUAUUGGGCCUGGUGGUGGAUCUACAGCUGGUAGUGGAAGUUUGUCGACAACUGGAAACAAAAAACAAGAUAGUGAACUACAACCUCUAAAAUCUGGCAACAUGGCUGAUUUGGAUGAGCCUAUAGACGGUGACAAAGGAAGUACACAAGCGGCUCAGGAAAGAGAGGAACGCGGAGCUAGCAAGGAACGAGGAGAGGGUGGGAAAGGAGAUGAGCCGGAAGAUAAUGUUACUGAGCAAACGCACCAUAUUGUUGUACCCAGCUACUCAGCUUGGUUCGAUUACAACUCAAUCCAUACGAUUGAGAAGCGUGCAUUGUCCGAAUUUUUUAAUGGUAAAAACAAAUCGAAAACGCCCGAAAUCUACCUUGCUUAUCGCAACUUUAUGAUCGAUACUUACCGACUAAAUCCAACGGAAUAUAUCACCUCUACUGCCUGCAGACGUAAUUUAGCAGGAGAUGUGUGUGCCAUUAUGCGUGUUCACGCGUUUCUAGAGCAGUGGGGUCUCAUUAAUUAUCAAGUUGACGCUGAAUCUAGACCAACCCCAAUGGGUCCGCCACCUACAUCUCACUUCCACGUUCUCUCAGACACUCCAUCUGGACUGGCACCUGUUAAUCCGAAUCCUCCCAAAACUCCGCAGCCUUCCAGUGCUGCAAAAUCUCUGUUAGAUUUGGAAAAGAAGCCUGCUGUUGUUGGCAUGGGACCAGAAGAAAAGAGCGGACUUGGAGUUAUGACUAACUUUGGUCUGAAGGUGGAUCAGUAUUCCAGAAAACCUGCAGUUUUAAAAAGCAAACAAGCUGCUGGUGCCACUCGCGAUUGGACCGAACAAGAAACGCUAUUGUUAUUAGAAGGGUUAGAGCUCCAUAAAGAUGAUUGGAACAAAGUUUGCGAACAUGUUGGAUCCCGUACUCAAGACGAGUGCAUACUUCAUUUCUUACGUCUACCUAUCGAAGAUCCAUACCUCGAAGAAGGAGGCCCUGAGGGUCUAGGACCACUCGCCUAUCAGCCUGUUCCAUUUUCCAAGGCUGGUAACCCGGUCAUGAGCACGGUAGCUUUCUUAGCUUCCGUUGUGGAUCCAAGAGUGGCUGCUAGUGCUGCUAAAGCCGCUAUGGAAGAAUUUGCAGCAAUCAAAGAUCAAGUGCCUGCAGCCCUACUGGAUCAGCAUCUUCGUAAUGUUCAAGCAAGUGCUAAUACAGAUGGUAAAUUUGAUCCAUCAGCAGGACUUGCACAGUCCGGUAUUGCAGGAACUGGACCUCCGGAACCACCCGAAGAUCCUGCUGUCUCAGCUACUAGUGCAACUUCCUCGUCUACGAGUGUUACUUCUCCUCAAGCUUCGACUGCGGAAAGUAAAAAAGAGGAGCUUCAGGAUAUUAAAGUCAAGGAGGGGGUGGAUGCUACGCAGGUGCCACCGCAAUCUAUGAAAAAGGAAGAGUCAGUGGAGAGUGAACGUGACCAGCCAGAAAAAAUAGAGGUCGAUCCAAAGGAGAAUGACGAUGAAGCUAAGUCUAAAGGAGAUCCUGAAGAAACUGAAGUUAAAGACAAGAGAGAUAAGGUGGUUAGAGAUGCGCAACUACAAUCUGCUGCGGCGGCCGCGUUAGCAGCUGCAGCUGUCAAAGCAAAACACUUAGCAGCGGUAGAGGAAAGAAAAAUCAAAUCAUUAGUGGCACUACUGGUUGAAACGCAGAUGAAAAAGCUUGAAAUAAAAUUGCGGCAUUUCGAGGAGCUCGAGACAACAAUGGAACGGGAACGGGAGGGCUUGGAAUAUCAGCGCCAGCAACUAAUUACAGAACGGCAGCAAUUUCACUUGGAACAAUUAAAAGCAGCGGAAUUUCGUGCUCGACAACAAGCACACCAACGGCUAGCCCAGGAACAGCAGCAACAACAGCAGAGUCAGCAUCCACCGUGGCAAGCAUCCAAUACUCAGCAACAACAGCAACAGCAACAACAGCCACCUAGUCCGCAGCCACAGGUGGCGCAACCGCCUCCGCACACUCCACCUCAACAAGCGUAAUUCACAGCACUUUUUAUAAAACAAACCAGUAUAAUAAACAAACACGCAUUUUAGUGGUUGUCAUAUAAGUCGGGAGUAGUGACUGAUAAAUUUACUAUACUUUGAUAUUCGAUAAACCCAUUCAUGGAGUGUGUCGGUAUACAUCCAAAAUUCCUAGGGCAUGUUGGACGCGUUUUCUUCAUGUGAUUUCCUUUGCUUUUUCUCUUUCGCUUCGUUUUCAAUUCCUGAUCAUCGCUGUAAAACUUAUUUAGCUUGGUUAGUAAGACCAUUUUAUUGGAAAUAUUUUAUUUUUUACUUAUUUAUUACCAGCUAGAAACGUGGUUGCAUUAUGCAAUGAGAAAAACUAUUUUUCUCAAGACAUUGCCGAGGCCUAAUCAACGAUGUACAGUUAACUUUGCUGUAACCUAAAUUAUUAGACAACCACUAAUAGUUUUAAAAUGCCGAUAUACCGGGCCAACCGAUUAUUCCAAUACAAUAACAACUACCGUUAGAAUUUGAUUUCAUCCCGAAUAAAUGAGUAAUAUUUAAGCUGUAUAUUGCGGACCAGCUACAAUGGUUAAUUUCGUGCGUACCAAUCAUUUGUUCUAUGCAGAAUGCUUUGAGAGUAAUUAUUGAAUCAGGGAGCAUGAAACGCUGUUUUGAUUAUUACACCAUUUUGCGAGAAAGUUUGAACAAAUUUUAAAAUGCAUUCAUGGACUUCGUACCUAUAUUAUAAUAAUUCAUAAUAUAAUCAACUCAUGAUCUUCGUGUACAAUACACUAUUACAUACAUAUACAUAUUAUAUAUAUAUAUAAUUAUUUGAAAUCAAUUAUUGUGCACCGUUAUCAUCUUGUAAUAUAAGAUCUUACCGAAUUUAGGAAAUAGAUAAUAAGGUUAAACACGAUGUCACUAUACUAAAAUAGUAUAACGCAAAACUGCUAUAGGGAGAACGUAAAUGAAUUAAAACAAUUGGGUACCAGUAA